AUGCUGCCACCGUCGAUCGGCCGCCUCAAGGGCAAAGCUCGAAAAGGAGCCCGGCAAAACCCGGAAGCCCAAUCCGCCGCCGCACCUAAGUACACGGUCGCCAUCAAGGAUUUCAUUCCCCUGGCCGAAUGGAUUGCCUCUCGCCAACCCGCUGUCGCUGUCCCCGCGGCGUUUGCGUCCGUCAACGACAGGGUGAUCAAGGUCCGAUCCCGUUUCGCAGACGACAUCACCAGCCAUGGACCCGAAGUCGACGAUGAGUCGAAUGAGCGACACUCCUAUUUCCUCGGCGUCCUCGAGAAGGUGCGGGAAGUUCUCAAGCCCAGAAUGCCGGCAGGUGUCGCCGACCCUCCGUUUCGACAGCAGCCUGACGAGCCUGAGCGUCUCGCCAACAUGUUCGCCGCUCUGGAAGGCUACGAACCGGCCGAGUUCGCCGACAGUUCCUCCAUUUCCCUGGAACGACCAGCGACGGAGAAAGCGGAAGAUGAUGUCGUGUACGAGGCCGAGCAACAGACCUCCCUCCUGGAUGCCCGAAUCCGCUGGAUUUGGACCAACUACCAGACUGGCGUCAUUGACGUGGCUGUAGCCGCCAUCGCAACAAAUGCAGCAGUGGACCUUGCCCGAGAUCUGAUUGAGGAGGUCCUUCCUGUCUUUCGGUCUCACGGUGUUUGGACAAUAGCACAGAGGUUCUAUUUCGCCUGCUGCAUGGCCAGAGGGUUCGAUAUUGAGCAUGUUCAGGACGCGAAUGGACAUCCGAACCCCAACACCUACGAUGUUCAGGGCGACGUCUCCAUGGUGGCUUACAAUGUUCUCCUUAGCGUGGUGAGGAUUCUUGGCCCCAAUCUCCCGCUCUACAAGGACGGAAUUCACUGGACGGAAAAGUUUCAAGAGGACCGGAUCCCCCUGUACGAGAUGUUCUCCGAGCUGAUUACGGUUGCUCGUGUCCAGGAUUACCCGAUCCAAGAUGAAUUUCUGCGAGGGAUCAAGGGGAUGGACCAGACCCGUGAGGUGCCCUUCCAUCUCGUCUUCGCGGCCCAGGUCCACUUAGAUAUCCACCACAUUCUACGAGCCGACGUCGCUCGUGCCUUCCAUCAGAUGAUGGAGCAGAUUACGCUGAUGAGGGACUCCCUGCGCGAGCAAGCCGACUUCCACAAAUGCCUAAAGUUUGAGAACUGGACUCCCGCGGACGAUCGUGUCUUGCAGCAGGGUCAAGCAGAAGACCUUCGCAAGCUCAAACAUCGCCAUCGGAUACUGCGCUCCUCCUCCGUCCUGGCUGGCCUGAUGCUGUUCCAUUUCCGCACGUGGCUCUUUGACAUCGGCAUCGCGAUCGCGAACGCAUUUGGCUCGGUCUCGUACGCCUGGCAUCUCUACAACGCCGCGCGCCGCGAAAAGCUGUUGCCCAAGCAGUGGGAUGACAUGGAAAUCGUCUACGCCCUGCUCGGGUUAUCGAGCUUCCAUGUCGGGGACGCCUCCAAGGAUACACAUGAGUACCUCAAGAGGUUCUGCCUACAGAUGGGCGUCUCCGUGACGGCGUUCGUGGGCCAGAAGCAGCCGGGCCGGAAGUCGAAAGUUGCCUCCCGCGCAGGCCCUCGCGGGAUCAAGGAGGGCGCCCGUGUGAACCGGACGUUCAAAAGCCGGUACGUAGAAAACAGUGCGCGGUUCAACUGGACCCCCGAAGAUCUCGACCAGGUUAUCUCCACCGGCAAGUGGCAGCCGGAGGAGUCGACGGAGGAAGGAACCUUCUCGAUGGUCCAAUCCGACGAGGGCGGCAAGAAAGGACCGAGGGGCAAACUUCCUCAUGCAGGACGUAAACUCCGCGCCGAAUCCGUCAUUGAGUCCCUAGUCUUGACUCUCCAAGCCGAGACGCUGGAGUUCUCGUUUCCUUACCUGGCUUUCCAUCGAAAGUGCUGGCAACUCCUUCGCGAUGUCCGGAAACGCUGCGACCCACUCCUGAGGCAGAAGUACACCCCGGCCUAUAUGGAGCGUGAGACCGAGCUUCCUUGGGUGGUUGGGUACAUCUUCUGGGCGGCGGCGGGAUCCGUCGAGGGAUCUACGCAGGUCAUUGACCUGCGACUUCUCGAAGCGGCUGCAAAACGCUAUGAAAUCCUUAAGAAGCCAACUUAUAGUUAA